GAAAGAAUGAGAAAGAGAAAAACCGGGGAACACAGUAUUCAGAUAACAAAGUUCAUCAAAUCUGAAGAUAACCAAGUAUGUGCUGAGUGGAAAGCGAGUAACCAAGCAAGAAAGAGGAAGGAGUCAUUGAUUUGCCUAGCACCAGGUGUAUCAGAAGUGGAAAACAGGACACUGAGGAAGAGCAACAGGUUGAACAAAGUUACAGAUCUGCUGAAACAGGACACUAAGCUGAUCGUGAAACAAAAUCCUACUCGUUCUUCUAGACGUUUGAGAGAAAAAAGAAUAUCCAAUUCUUCACUGUCAUCAUCUUCUUCAGAGGGACUCAGCAAGGCAAAGAGACGAAAGGUAGAAACAAGAUCUGUGAAGUGUAGGGACGCAGGAAUAUCUCCCCUCACUGUCAGUACCUCUGGAAAAACUCCUGAUGCCCAGGAUUGUGGACAAGACAAGAUGUAUAACCGCUACAUUUAUGAGUGGAACCAUGGGUAUGGGGCCAGCAGAGAUGGUUACCGGGAAGAUUACAGAGGAAGAGUGGAUUACAGAGACUAUAACAUAAGCAGGGAAGUGACUUCUAGGGCAAGCUCUCCUUAUGCGGAACAUGAUGCAUAUAGAUACAGUGACUAUGAUGAUACUAGAUAUUAUGAGAGGAUGGGACAGCCCAGUAGAUAUAUGUAUGAACCCAGUUGGCGUAUUUAUAACAGUGACAGCCGUGUACCUGACAGAGCUGGAUAUGAUUAUAAUGAUAGGAGAUUUGCCGAAGAUGAUCCUGUUGAUGGCUAUGCAUAUGAGGAGUGCUGGUUAAGGGACAGGAACUUCUCCCACUUACCUCCCCCUGACAGACACAGUGGUGCAUUUGAGCAUUAUGACACUCUCCCAGAGGCCAGGUUGAGGGCUAGUGCCAGCUGGAGUGGAAGAACUCAUCUUGAGGAAUACAGAGGUGAAAGGUCAAACCUCAUAUAUCGUCUCCGAAACUCCUCAGAGGGUAGGAUAGAGAGUCCCAGAUCGAGGGCUAGUGCCAGCUGGAGUGGAAGAACUCGUCUUGAGGAAUACAGAGGUGAAAGGUCAAACCUCAUAUAUCGUCUCCGAAACUCCUCAGAGGGUAGGAUAGAGAGUCCCAGAUCAGAGGUUAACCUUAGUCAUCAUAGUCAAGAGCAGACACAAAGAGCUUAUGGCAUUAGUGAGGGUCAGAAAUCUGCUUCUGGAAAGGCAAGUGUGAAAAGGUUUUUGCUAAAUAUAGUGUCUGAUACUUCACAAGAUACCAGAGAUGAGAAAUCAAACAGAAAUAAGAAGAAAGACACAAGGAAUACAGGAAGGCAUUCUGGUGUGUUGGCUACACAUGCAGAAAUUUCCAGUCCAAGCAGAGCUCAGAAUAACAAAGAAGUAGUAAAAAUGUCACCACUGGUUACUGGUCUGCAGGUCUCCACAGCACAAAUAGGGUCCAAUGUGGAUACGACUAAAGCUGCAUUUGGGAAUGGAAUUGGUGCAAAAAAUAGUUGUCCUGUACAAAGGUCUAGUGUACAAAAGAAGUCUAUUUCAGAUGGAACAGAUUCUGCCAAGAAAGCAGAUCCUGCUGCUAGGAAUGGAACAAAGCAUGUCAAAAAAUCAUCAGCAACUGCUAGUGGUUUGCCUCAGCCAGCCGCUGAAGUAAAGAUGGAUUGUAAAAAGUUAAGUGAUUGUGGUGGAGGAGAUUUCAUUGGAAACUUAUUAUGUUCUCGUAGCACAGAGGCCAAAGCAGCACCAGAAUUAGUAAAAACGAGCAGUGAGGCACUGAGCAGAGAGUCCUCAGAAAGGCAAACGUUAAGGAACAAGACUAGUAAUUCAGACACAGGAUGUAACAGUUCAGCAUCAAGUCUUAAUAAGACUUCAUCUGGUGAUAGUGAUAGCAAAGGAUUGCUGAAGACAUGUCCUGAUAUUACCACCAAAGCGUUGUCGAAGGAUGUGUCUGUUAUGGUAGAGCGGUGUUACAGGGGAGACACUUUAAUGAAAUCUCAGGCUGUUGGCAAAGUUGUUGCCAAUUUUGCCUCAUCAGCUGAAAGACAAAUCCCCACCAACACUAAGCACUUUUCUGUAAUUGGUAUAACGGGAACACCAAGUUUACUGGACAGGGAACCUCACCAGAAUUCACAGCAUCAGGAGGAUUCUAUGCAAGAUGGCAAGAAAUCUUCAGUGGUAGAUAGUGGAAGUCCUAGGGAGAGGACACCUUCAAGUAGUACGCUGACAAGCACAGAAGUAGACCAACGAGGGGUUAGUGAUUGUGCUCAAGUUGGAAGUGGGAACCAAGCUACUGGUAAAGUCACCCUUUACCGUCAGAAUGAUUCAGCAGAAUGUACUGAGGGUGCUUUGUUAAGGACUCUUUCCAAUGAGACAAUCUCCAAAUUUUCUAAUUCAGGUGAAGUAGGGUCAGAAUGUACAAGUCGGAAGCAUGAUAGAAAAGUCUUAAAAGAACGUGAGAUUUUAAAAAUCCCGUCAUCAGGACAUUCAAAGGAAUAUUCCACUGGGACAUCAAAAACAGCGCAGAGAAAUGAACCAGAAGGAAUAGCCUCAGACACAAAAUUACAGGACUCUAAACAUCUCAAAACCAAAAAUGAACUUGAAGAUGUUUAUUUAAAGCAUUCCAAAGCUAAUCAUUCUAGAGUUGAAGAGCAGCAGGACAAACUUUCAGAAGCCAAACAUACUGAAUCGCAGGAUUUAGGUAGAGGUAUUCUUAGAACACCUUCUAACAUCUUAGAUGAGAAAGAAUUUAAAGACCAGGGAACAAAGCAUCAGGGAUCUAUAAAACAAGACGGACAUGUGUCUAAUCAUCAAGGAUCUGACACAUAUGAUUCCAAGAUUAAAGAAUCCGGGAGACAUGGAUCUAUACAUCAGGAGUCUGAGAGACUUGGAUCUAAACACCAGGAGUGUGAAACACCUUUGUCUAAACCUAUGGAGUCUGACAGACAUGGGCCUGAGCAAGAGGAAUCUGGCAGACAUGGAUCUAAGCAGCAAGAGUUUGAGAGACAUGGGUCUAAACAUCAGGAGCCUGAGAGACAAGGAUCUAAAUAUCAGGAGCCUGAGAGACAAGGAUCUAAAUAUCAGGAGCCUGAGAGACAAGGAUCUAAAUAUCAGGAGCCUGACAGACAUGGAUCUAAACAUAGAGAAUCUGACAGACAUGAGUCUAAAUAUCAGAAGUCUGAUAGACGUGGGUCUAAACAUCGUGAAUGUGAGAGACAUGGAUCAAGACAUCGUGAAUCUGAGAGAGAUGGGUCUAAACACAAAGAGCCCUACAGACAUGGGUCUAGACAUAAAGAGCCUGACACACAUGGCUGUAAACAUAAGGAAUCUGACAGACAUGGGACUAAGCAUGAGGAAUCUGACAGACGUAGGACUAAAAGCCGAGAGUCUGACAGACAUGGGUCUGAGCAAGGGGAAUCUGACUCUGACACAUAUGGAUCUAAACAUCACAAGACUGAGAGACAUGGGUCUAAAAGCCGAGAGUCUGACAGACAUGGGUCUGAGCAAGGGGAAUCUGACUCUGACACAUAUGGAUCUAAACAUCACAAGACUGAGAGACAUGGGUCUAAAAGCCGAGUAUCUGGGAGACAUGGGUCUGAGCAAGAGCAAUCUGAGAGACAUAGGCCUAAACAUGAGAAAACAAACAGAUAUAGGACUAAACAUGAGGAAUCUGACAGACAUGGGACUAAACAUGAGGAAUCUGACAGACAUGGGACUAAACAUGAGGAAUCUGACAGACAUGGGACUAAAAGCCAAGAGUCUGAUAUACAUGGGUAUAAACAUCAAGAAUCUGAUAGACAUAGGCCUAAUCAUGAGUCGGAGAGUCAUGAGUCCGAGCAAGAGAAAUCUGAUGAACACCAUGAAUCAAAGAAUAAGGAAUCUGAUAUGCCAGAUCAAGCAGGGUCCAAACAUGAAGAUAGCCAUGACUCUGGACAAUGUAAACCUGAAGUAUGUGCAUCUAGUGAGGCAAACUCCCAUUCAAGUAGCAAAGCCAGUAGCCAGGUCCAUGCAGGAAUGCCUAACCUUGGUCAGCACAGGAAGAGGCAUCAUUCUGCGCAGAGCAAUGCUAGCAGUUCCAGGGAGGCAUCUGAAGCCAGGGUGCGCCACACCUCGGAUCAGCAGCAGAGGAGGUUAGACUUACCCUCCGGCUCUAGACCCUCAAAGCUCUCCUUGUCAUCCCCCAGACGUCCAGACAGGCAGAGAUCCAGGGUAGAGACCCACAAGGAUAUCCCUGCCACCAACAUCAAACCCACCACACCCAAUGCGAGGGACCCCUUAACCAGCCCAGAUCGGCCAAGCCUUGUGUACCGGAUCAAGCACAAGUCUGGAUCCAGCUCUAGUAUGGAGCAUGUCUCUCCGUUGACUAACCUUGAAUUUAACUACAGAGAGAGAUGUGAACGUCCUUCAAGGCAAUCAAGAGACCAGGAAAAAUCAGCAGAGGAUAAAAUCAAAGGACCAGCUUUGGAGGAGCAUCUGGAAGACCCUCUGGAUGACAAUUACGACUCUGAUGAUUCAUUUCUGGACGUUGUCCCCGAUUUCCUGAGAGACAUACAAGCAGCUGGAUCAACGCCUACAAGUAAUACCCUAGGGAGCUAUGGUAAAGGGCUGUCGGGGAAUUUAGACGUGUUUUCUGACAGUGAAGAUUUUGAAGUGAAAGCUAGUGCUAACAUUAGGACUCUCAAGUUCUCGCUGGACACUUUACUUACAGAGAAAAUAGAGAAGGAGGAAAAAAACCGUGAGCUGGAUGCCAUGAGGGAGGAGCUGACAGAGGGCAUCAAACAAGGUGGCUUUGUGAAGUUGGCAUCUGAAGUAGAACUUGCCAGAGAAACAGAUCUUCUUCCAGAGCAUCAAGACCAGCUGGAAAUUUUGUCCGUGUCCAAACAGAAGAUCCUGGAGGUGCAUCCAGGUGUGGUUGUGUUCACAGCCAGCAGGUACAAGUGUCUGUUCUCCGAAUCCCUCCCUCUCUCUACUUGUGGCUUCACACCAGGCAGCAGUCAGAUUGAUAGAUACCUUGCCAGCAUUCAACCAGAAUGGAUUGUUCACUUACUGACGUCAAGAAUCCUGGGAAUAAGCUUUGAGAAGGUGUCCUGUCCAGAUGCUGUAUUAACCUGGCUUUUCUAUAUCAUAUCUGUGCACCCAAGUCGGCUGGUGGUAGACUGUUGUCGGCAAGAUGUGGAGGAGAUUCUUGUAAGACAACAGGAGUUUGACGCUCUCAAGGUCACCUGGUGUCCGAGUCUCAAGGUCAUACUCCGUGUCCUCCUCAAUUACGGUGCGUCGCUGAAUUCACUGUGUCAGGACAGAAGUUUGCUGGGGUUAACCGAUGAAGAAAUACGUGAAUUAAACGCCAUACUGGAGGAACCCCCAGGUGGGGAUGUCCCCCGAGACGCUCAGCCUGGGGGUAAUGGCAGGCUGAACAGGGAGAACUUCAGACAAGUCAUACAGGUGAUAGCUCUCGGCCUACAGGGCAGGCCCUUGUAUUCAACUAGUCAACUGAUUGCUCUGGCUGUGAUACUGUGUAACAGUGCCUUAGACAUCACUCUAGUCAAUGACAUGCUGAAACAAGAUUUUCAGAUUUGUCUGGCCUGCCUCAUAGAAAGAUUUCCUAAGGAUGAGUGGCCUGUGCAGGCUAAAUCCCUGUGUGAGACUUUGUCCACUAUCACGACUCACCAUCACAACAAAGUCUGUCUGGUGGAGCUAUUCCCCUUGACUCCUCGAGGACAGUACAUCAGAAGGCGGCUAAGCUACAUUAUUCUCUGUGAUAUUCUCAAUCUAAAUCGACAAAGUCAAGACUUGACCGAUCUAAAGGUUGAGUAUUUGGCAGCUAUGGUGCCAAAGAUGAGGGCCUUGGUGGCCACAGACCUCUACCUGCUGUCGAGUGUGAUCACCCUCAUGGACAGGUGUGUAGGAAAUGAGAUCCUCAGACUCUCAGAAAAGAAGGACUUGAGGAUCCUGAUGGAGCUGGUGAGGACUCUGACUGGAGAUGUGAGGGACAGCGUCACUAUGCUGGACAGAACUAAGGUAAAAGAUAUGAUGGUGCGGCUCACAAGCACCUGGACAUUUAUGAUGCAGUCCAUGGGAAGUAAACAGCCAAGUUUGUUUGCUUGGAGGAAGAACGACAGCCCUGUGAAGGUAGAGACACUAUCCUCACAUCUGUCUGACUCGGACUCUGACGCCUCCGAUGAAGAAGAGGAAGAUGAAGAAGAUGAGGAGGAAGUCAUCUGUGGUGAAGUGGAGAUUUUGAAAGUUGUGCCAGUAGGUUCACUGCGUGGAGAACAGAGUAAAACUACUGAAUCAUUGUGUGCAGACAAGAUUGCUGCCAUUCCAGAAGCCAUGGACAUCUCUUUGUCUGAGGAUUGUGUGCGGGCUGAGGACAGGCACAGUUUACAGAGACUGUUAGAGACAGAUGAGGACGUCAUACCAGAUAUUUGAUUACUCACCCUUCCAAAGCUAUUGAGUGAUACGCAGAUUGCUGGAAGAUGUUAUUAAAGACUAUCUAGAGCAAUAAAUUAAUUAUACUCAUAUCCAUGAAAUGGGUUCGAAACCUCCACUUCAUUGUUACAUCUUCCAUGACUUUAGUUUUAGCUACGUGUAUAAUCUUCAUGUGCCGUGUUUUCAUCUGAACUUUGACCCCUACAAAUAUGUUUUCAUCUUCAGUCUACCUAUUGAGCUUAACUCAUCAUUGUGACCAUUCGUGUGUGAGCUGUUUUUAGAGUGGCGUGAUACAAUCAGGAUCUCAGUGUGGGUGAUUGUUUUACACCCACGGAUAGACAAUAUUUCACAUCUUAGUAUCAUUUAUGUUACAUUCUGUCCAUGAGUCCUGUACAUCCGGAGAGGGAUGGGGUUAUCACGUGGGUGUCGGUGGUGUUACUGGUGUUUGCUCAUCCAUGUAUGGAAGGUAUUGUCACAUCUUUUAUUAAAACGUAUAGCUGAUGCUAUACAUUUUCACGUACGCACUGUGUUCUCUUAUGUGUUACGAUAAUGUUGUCUGGUCUGGGUAUCUGUUCUCACAAAACUUACAUAUACAUGUGUGAGAAUGGGUUCACAUCUGGAUUUUACCAUGAUUUAUCCUCUCUUCCUCUAUAUCUGUGUUCGGAAUUUGUAUACCAUGCUUUUUCAUUGAAAGAUGAUAUUCAUGGUGCUUAUGUACAAAUGUUUUCAUAUCCUGAAAGUGAAAGCUUUCCUUGGGUUAAUACAUGUACAGCUCAAUUGUGUAUUUGAGGAAAAGUGGGUGUGUUCAACCUGACAUGCACAAUGUAAGUGUUGUUGGGGGUUAUUUCCUAGCGUCUGGGUACAGGUGAUAUUCUACACCUGGUUAUAUAUGAUGUUUUUAACAUCUGAGUACAGAUGAUAUUCUACACCUGGUUAUAUAUUAUGUUUUGAACAUCUGGGUAUAGAUGAUAUUCUACACCUGGUUAUAUAUGAUGUUUUUAAUAUCUGAGUAUA